AUGUUGGAUCAGACAUAUCAAAAGCCGCUUCUCCUUGCGCUAGCUGGAGCGGUCGCGCUGACUGCGGCCCUCUACACGUACCAGCAAUAUGCGAACCAGCCGACAGGCACCUCCCUCCACCGAAGCAAUGCCAUCCGCCGUCCUAGAAGGAGAAGCAAUUGGCGCAGUGGCUACCAGCCAAUCCUCGACUAUGAUCCUAUCGAUGAAGCCAUCAAACAUCUAAAUCACCGAAACGAAACGAGGCAGGGUUACGGACAAUAUAACAAUCCUUGGUUCUUUCCCACGCUUGAACCCGUCGAUCUGACCUUGAUCCCUUGCAACCUCAUUUCCAUAUACGGCUUCCUGGUGGAGUGUUGCGGGCAGACGCUGUCGGACAUGCAGCAAGAAUGCCUCCUCUUCCACAUCCAUGCCAUGUUUGUCCAGAAUUUUGUCAAGGAAGAGUUCCCCGAAGGAUUCGUCUUCGGAGAGGAUGCUUCCAUAUUGGCCAGGGCUCUGGAAAACCUCGGAGUCAAACCGCAGAUUGUCUACGUCGUGGCGAAAGCCUUUGACCAAGCACAAGUUGCCUUCAAAACGAAAUACAAUCCGCUUAGCGUUCCUGAGCACAAUCCCAGAGUCAACCCUACCGAGACCGAUGGCGCCGUGGAGACCAUCGACUUAGCAGCUCGUGAUGUUCUGCAGGCCUUGGCCGAUGCAAACGACAACAGUAACGACGAGAACAGCGACAACGACUCUGACAGUGAUAUUUCGUUUGGAAACCAUGAGGAGGAUCCCGGAGGAAGCCAGAACAUGCUGGAUCUUCUCUACCACAUUGCCGGCGAGCAGGCACGACGCGAAGGCUACAUCCACCGUGGCGUCGAGUGCAAUAGCUGUGGAGUCCACCCCAUUGCAGGAAUUCGUUACCACUGCGCAAACUGCUUCGACUUCGACCUCUGCGAGAGCUGCGAGGCCAGCUCUUCGCACGUGAAAAGCCACGUCUUCUACAAGAUUCGGAUCCCGGCUCCUUCGAGAGGAAAUGUGAAGCAGGUCACUCCGAAAUGGUAUCCAGGAAACCCGGACGCAUUUGCCACGUCGUUGCCGUCCAGCGCGUCCAAGCCACUGUUGGAAGAGACCGGCAUGGAACGCACAGAGAUGGAUGCGCUCUACGAGCAGUUCAAAUGUGUUGCAACUCAUUAUUGUACGACCGAUCCCACUGGCCUCGGAGUCGCCAUCGAUCGCAAGGACUUCGACGCGUACUUUAUCUCUUCGAACGGUGACAGGGGUUCUCCAGCGAAUUUGAUCUACGACAGGAUAUUUGCGUUCUACGAUACGAACAGGGAUGGCCUAAUUACCUUUGACGAAUACAUUCGCGGACUCUCUCGCCUGCAAGACAAGGGCCGAUACGCCCGAUUGAAGCGCAUCUUUGAAGGCUAUGAUCUGGACGGAGACGGCUACGUAGACCGCAAAGACUUUCUUCGCAUGCUGCGUGCAUAUUACGCAUUGAGCAAAGAGCUGAGCCGCGAAAUGAUCAAUAGCCAAGGUGAUUUUGGCUUCAAUGAAGAAGAGCUCCGGGAGGUCGCUCAGGGCAGCCAACCGAUCAGCGCCGUUUUCGGCGGAGGUAACCUGUAUGGCCACGAAUCAAGGACAGGGCAGGAUAAACAACGUCGAUCCAACGGAGAUCUCCAACUCAUCAACGGGUCUGCAGGUGUACUGCAGAAUGAUAGCGAUAUGCGCGGAGAUCGUGCUCGGGCUAUUGGAAACGCCGCACUUGGUGAUCGCAGUCGAGCUCACCCUUUCAGAUCGUUCAGAAGAGAAGCUCCUGAGGAUGAACCCGUCAUGAUGGUGCCGAACUACGGUGACUACACGGGCUCCGGCAUGGAGCAGGAUGAGGUACCCGAAGAAGACAUCACUGGUCCCGAUGCGCCUCUUCAAACCUACCCUUGGCCCCCGCUUCUGUCCCCUACGCCCGAUGAUAUUGUCAAUGCACUGGGACAUCAAGUGCCCCUGGAGGACAUCACCGACCCAGUCGACAGGACAAGAGUGCUCUACGCCCAGUCACAGCGUCUUGAUGCUGCAGCAGACCACGUCGAGGAAGCCACACGUGCACAUGCGGUCGAAGAAAGAUGGCGUCGCCGCCAAUUUUAUCUCGAUGACGAAGAAGGCAUGACCAAACCACCAGGAUACACGGAGCCGGAUAGUUCGGACGAAGAGGAUAAUCCACCGCCAGCCAAGAAACACGCGCGGAAUGGCGCAAGCCCGAGAAGAGCUUCCAUGGCGUCUCGGUCUUCGUCGAAAGUCCGUUUCGACGAUAGUGCGAUCGACACGGACUAUGAGACCCGGUCCAACGCUUCCUCCCGCAGCAUACCAGUGAAUGAGAGAUGGGGCGGAUAUGAGCUCAGCCAGGCUGAAGCAGAUAUCGGCAAGGACAUCCUUUACCAGGCUGUCCAACAAGGCUUCAAUCAGCUCCUGGAUGCAUUGUUCAAGGACAAGGAGGACGACUUCAUGGCGGCACAGGAGACACGCAACACUCGUCGUCUUGCGAGAAAGGAAAGAAGCGAGUUUGCGACAAUCCUCAGUCUCGACAACGACCAUGACGAUCCGCGACUAGCGGCGGAGAUUGAGUCGAUGAGGCGGAAAAAUGACAAGGAAGAAGCGCGGCACAUGGCUAUUGGCAAUACAGAUCACCUUCGAAACCCGACUGCAAUGAUGCUGGCAGAGGAAAGUUUGGCGGAAGAAGGUGGUCUUGAAGAAUCUGUAGAAUUUACAGCUGGCUUCCGCGAUCAACCGCCUGAAGCAUUAUCCGAGGCUCCUCCGACACAUGACGUUGCAGCAGAGGAGUUAUACCGCGACCCAACGCUCCCGCAGUUUCGACCCGACGAAGCGGAACUUGUAACUGCAUCUCGGAGCUCAACGAAGGAAGAGUCUCCAUUCACUCCGGUCAAAAGCCCCCGGGAAGCUCAAGAUGAUGGACCGGGGCCAGCGAUCCCAACUCGGCCCCGAACGCAAACCCGAUGUGCAAAGCCACCGGUGCGAACCCAUCUGUUCACGGGUAAUCUCGUCGAAGCACGGAAUUUGUACUAUCUGUGGCAGAAACACGACCUAAUUGACGCCGAAGCGAAUCGCCGCGGUGGAGGUGGCAAGCUCAGCUUCUCGGAGUUUCGACGCAAGAUGGUGCCGGAGUGUGAAGUGGGCAAGGCCUUGGGUGACAAAAGCAAGGAGAAAGAGGACAAGGAGCCGGAGACGUGGGAGAGCAGUGCCGACAUGGGCAACUUGGCGUUCGUGGGCACUUGGUUGGAAAUGGCUAGCUUUUAG